GAGGCUCGCCCACUCGAUUCCCGCCCUCUCCCUGUCGAACUCCGUUACGACAAGCAGCUCCGAUAGAGCUUUGGACGACCCCUGGUACCGACUUCGACGAUGCAUUGCCACACCGCCACGCAACCCGCCCACGAGCAAAAAGGUCUUCACGACGGUGCACUCCGAGUUCGGCCACUGUGCGAACGAGCUGCGCGUGCUCUAGUGAGUCCCGAAGUAGGCUGGGGAUCGGAUGGUAUUGAGGUGUGGUCAAUGGACAGGUGAGGCAUGAUGGAUGCGACACCACCCGUCUUGCACGAGCUACUGACUGCUCUAUCAGGCGACGGGACGCACGUACAAGCCCAUGGCUUCGAGCUCAGUGAACGUGCGACGUGUACCAUCGAGCGCGCUACGUUCACCCACUCGCACAACAGAGCGCAGGAAUGCAGACACGCCCCAUCCAGCAUGUCCUGCUGGCUACUCUGUCAGAACGAAGACAACGACGAGAUGCUUGCCCAUUCGCCACCCACUCGCCCACCCACUCGCCCACCUACUCGCCCACCUACUCGCCCACCUACUCGCCCACUGACUUGCCCGUCAGUUUGCCUGCUGUCUCGCUCGGCCAUUGUUCUUCUGGCCCGCCGUCUCGCUUCCCCGCAUCACCCUAUCCCCGUCGCACGGCCCCGCCACAUAGGCCCGCCAUCUCGCUUCCCCGCCCGCUUCCCCGCCCGCUGUCCGUCUCGCCCACGGGCUCGCUCGCUCUUCAUCUCGGUCUCCUGCCGUCUAGCCGCUGUCUCGCUUGCCCAACGUCUUGUCUGUCCGUCGUCUUGCUCACCCGUCGUCUCGCUCACCCGUCGCCUCGUCCGCGCGCUGUCUUGUCUGUCGCCUCGCCCGCGUGUCGUCUUGCCCGCGCCCUGUUGCUCGUGCGCUCUCGCAUGCAGCCUCGCAUGCACCCCCUCGCCCGCGCUCUCCUCUGCUCGGUCGGCUGACCACCCACUCGUCCACGCGAUUGCCCACGUGAUCGCUCGCUCGUCCGUGCGCCCACUUGCCAACAGACCCGCUGCCUGCCCGUGGACCCGCGGACCCUUGGCCUGACCGCGAACAGCUCACACAUAGCGCAACAAGUAGUCGGGAUAUGCGUACCAUUCAACACGUGGUACGUCCCACAUCCGCGACUGCGUCGACCAGAUGCACGGCUGUCUCCGAGUUGACAGGCACGCAGCGCACCCACGGUGACGGAGAGAUUUCGACAUGGGUCUUCGCACGACGCGACCACUGGCUCCUUCGUCCUAGCGAAUUCAGUAUACAACAAGCACGACAGGGCAGGAGGAGAGAUGAUGGAGCGAAGCUGGACGAGAUGAGCUGUGUGUACAUUUACUGUUGUGUAUUGUAAUCACAGCCAAUCGAGGCAUCCGAUGUACAUCAUUUUUUGACGUGGGUGUAUAUGAAAUGUGUUUCUGCCUGUUCGGAA